UACGGUUGUAUUGGCCAGUGUGCUGUUCAGGUACUGUUUGUUUCCUCCUUUCCUACUACUCCUGCAUGGUGACGUCAUAUCCGAAUUGUGUGCCAAAAAAGAGAUCUAGUGAUUGCUAUGUGACGGGUGAAAUGUGACAGGUAGCGGGCUAAUUUUAAAGGUUUCACGUGUGCUGUGUAUUCAGAGUUGUCACACUUCCCAGUGUUCUUUCGAACGCAAAGUGAAGUUUUGAUCCUGGUAGAUAGUGAUGAAUAGUGAAGUGAAACGUGAAGUUGUGCUUGAAUGUGUCAUCCAGCAUUAGAGCAGUCUGAAUUUUCUGUGAAUACGAAAAUACAAUAAAUAUUUCCGAGGCCUUGCAUUGGUAUGGGCAUGAAGCAAUGGAUAAACACAACGAUGAAUCAAGACUUAUACCAUUCUCGUCAGAUGAAGGCCCAAAUAGUGCAGAUGACAGUGAUGAAGAUGUGAUCACUGACUACUUGCCACCCUGUGAUAACACAAUGGCUCAGAGGCGUUCAGGGCCACUUGUGCCCACUAUUAGUGUUACACCCCAUUCACCUGGCACACGCCAUUACCCCAUAUUAGAGGACAAUCUGCAACAUUUACAUGAAAUCCAUGAAAGUAUACAACAGAUGAGGGAUCUAUCUGCUCAGGUACUCAAUAGUCAGAUGAUGGGGUUAAGCCAGUAUGCUCGUUUGAGUACAUCAUGUCCGUCACUCAACAAUGAAAUAGGCUCAGAUCCUGAUCUGGGGUCAAUGAAUUCUUCACCCACUCAGACACUUGCAAUUGGAACAUUCAAUGCUACUGGUUUUAUGGAUCUUCUUCAUGGAAAAACAAAUCCCCAUGAAUGGUUGAUGUGCCGAGGACCCCUUGAUGAAGAAACACCACGUCGUCGCAGCUGGACUGCUAUAGAAGAUUUAAGUCAAAGCAAGGAGAAGCAUAAAUCUAAAAGACAGAGAAGUAUGAGUCUGAGCAGCUUGGAUUCAGAACCUGAUGAUUCCUUCCUGGACCAAGUGGACAGUGCAGGGAGCACAGGGCUGCUAGUGUCAGAUGCAAACUCUUUGGGUUGCCCUACUGGCUCUCGCCGAGCACCUCGUACUGGUGGAACAGCUUCUACACACUCACUCAAUGAAGCUGAUUUACAAAGUGAUUUUAGCAAGAUUGUUGCCAAACGGGAAGCAGAAAAUUUAAGACUUCCCCCAGCAAGACUUCCACUUCAGAAGUCUGUAUCUACUCCAUCUAUUAUUGCAGUGAGAGACAUUGGAAAUGAAAAUAACACUGAAACCAAUGCUUCUACAUUGCCUCCGCUUCGCCCCAGUGGAACAGAAAGUGAGACAGAAGAAGAAGGCAUGCAAGGAAAACAUUUUCAUCCACCUUUGGAUGAAUUCUUAAAUGUAAAUGUGUAUGACCCUCAUGCGGAGAAAAGGAGAAAGAGAGGAAGCAUAUUUUUUAGAAAAAAGAAGGACAAAACGAAGAAAAUGUCUCAUCAUUGGAUUACAUAUUCAGGACCAGUACAUACUUGUGACUGGUGUUCAAAACCAGUUCAGAACUCUGCCCUUUACUGUGACAGUUGUUUCACUGUUGUUCAUUCUGGUUCGUGUAAGGAUCAUUUAAUGGAUUGCAGUAAAAUUAAAGCAGCAAAGCAGAAUACUUCAAAAGCUUUCACUGUGCCCUCGAAGUUCAGCACCAGCAAGAGGAACAGUUCGUCUGCUCCAUCACAGAACUCAUCAAAUAACAGUCAGAUCAUCAGUGAAGAGAAGGAAGCUGAUGGGGGACAUCAUGAAGGAGUUAAUUUUUCAGAUGAAGUGCCUAUUGUCCCUCUGGAAUUUUUAGAUGAAGGUCAAGUAACUGCAGAUGAUUUGGAUACUGAUCCUUUCCUUGGACUCCAUGAAGAAGAACCUGAUUCUUGGACACCCACAGUUGGAAAAGAGAUUACCAAAAAACUUAAAGAAAAAGAAAUUAAGCGCCAGGAACAUAUUUAUGAAUUUAUAUUGACUGAAAAGCAUCACUGCCUUACUCUUCGAGUCAUGCAGAAAGUAUUUGUUGAUGGCCUACAAAAACAUUUUAGUUUGGGUAAAGAUCUUGAUAGAAUGUUUCCUCGUUUAACUGAUCUCACAGAAAUUCAUUUAAGUUUCUUAUUCAAGCUGCGUCAACGACAAAAAACGGCUCCUAUUGUGGCAACAAUAUGUGAUGUUUUGAUUGAACAAUUUUCAGGAGCUAAUGCUCACAAAUUAAAAUCGGCUUAUGGAGAAUUUUGUAGUAGGCACAGGGAUGCUGUAAAUAUGUACAAAAAUUAUCUUCAUGAUAGAAGAUUUGGUGAAUUUGUCCGUCAUUGUCAAGCAAAUCCUUUGCUUAAAAAGAAAGGAAUUCCUGAAUGUAUUCUGUUUGUAACCCAAAGACUUACAAAAUAUCCCUUACUUAUUGAACCUCUUAUUAAGACUGCCAAAGAUAACAAAGAAGAACACGAUAAAUUAAAGAAAGCACUAGCUUUGGUAAAGGCAAUUCUAGUGGAGGUUGAUGCACAAGUUGCAGAGAAAGAGAAAGAAGAUAGAAAACUAGAAAUUUACAAUAGAAUUGAUGCCAAAUCAUUUACUACCCAUCGAGAUACAAAAUUCAAGAAAGCUGAUAUUCUACUUAAAAACAGAAAGCUAAGGUUUGAGGGUGUUGCCAUGUUAAUGCAAGGACGCAGUAAAAUGCAAGUGGUGCUUGUUAUAGUACUAUCUGAUGUACUGUUCUUUCUUCUUGAGAACAAUAACAAAUAUUCAUUUUUCACACCAGACAACAAGGCUGGCGUUGUUUCACUACAGAAACUAUUGGUCCGGGAAAAGGCUGGUCAGGAUUCUCGAGGAAUUUAUCUCAUAUCCUCAAAUCCUGCAGAACCUGAAAUGUUUGAACUCAAAGUUCAUAAACCCAAAGAUAAGGAAGUAUGGAUACGUAAUAUAAGAUCAGCUGUUCAGAGUUGUCAAGAGGAUGAUGAAGACAUUGUUUUAAGUGUAGAGGAAAGACAGAAACUUCUUGAUGCAAAGCAAAUGCAAAUAAAGCAAAUCGUUGGGGCAAUGCGACAAAAAGACGUUGAGCAGGCACAGAUAUUAGAGGAGAAAAUGAUUUUGCAACAAAAACUUCUUGCAGCUGCAGGAGUUGAGAGUGCCUUGAACCCACCCAACUACUGCAACUUGGUAACUGAAGAAACAGAUAGUUCUGCAAUAUGGCAAGAAGUUUUAUUUGCGGUUCAGGAUGUAAAUCAACUGGCAAAUUCAUUGUAUGCCACUGGUACAAAUCUUUCUCGCAGUGUAAGUUCUGUUGGCGAACAUCAAAGUGAAGCAUACAUUUCACCUACAUUGCCAAAGAGGGCAGAAACAUUUGGUGGAUUUGAUAAUGCAAACAAAGAUGCAUUAACUACCCCUUUAUCCAAAGGUAUUGUGAAGAAACAUCACCAAGAGAAAGCUCGAGAUUCGUGCAGUUCUUCAUCUGGUACAUUAGAUGCUGACAAACGGGAAGAGUCACAUUUAUCAAAAGUACCUUUUGAUCAUGCUCCAUGGCGUAAUGCAGUAAUGACUACAAUUCCUCCUGUUGUUUUGCCUUCUAACUUGUGUAACAAUGCUAAUGAAGCACCUUCACCAGCUUUAGCAAUAUUAGGGCAAGAGCAACAAGCAGCUGCUGUUCAACUGUCACAUCAUUUUUACAAGUUGCUCUCUAUCAUUCACCAGCAAAUGACAACAAUUCAAAGUUUACAGGCUCAGUUAGCAGCCUGUCGACAACAGCUGGUUCAGGAUGAUGGUCGUGAGAAAAGACCAACCUACAAACAUAAUCAGCAGCUUGAAGAGUUGCGCAAUCUUCAAGACCGUCUGACACAAGAACGAGAGGCCUGGCAGCGUGAACGAGACUCUGAAGAAAAGGAGAUAGAAGAAAAAAGGCAGGAACUACUGAGGUUACAGGAGCAAGUACGAACCGAGCAAAAUGAUGUUGUACAACAGCGGGAACAAUUGUACCGUAAGAUGGAAAUGCUUACCAGUCAAGGUAUCCUCAUUAGCCCCAACAUGCCUGUUGUAGCCAAUGCUUUACCUAGUGAGGGAAUCCAUAUCGCUCCUAAUUCUCAGAGACCCACAGAAGAACAAAGCACUAGUGUCUCCGGUGGGGAAAAUUCUUCCCCUCCAUUUUCUGACUCUCGGCGUAAGGGGGAGAUGAAGUGGAAAGGAACUACUAGUAAAUCAUCUCUUCCAUUGAAUCUCAUUAGUGCCACAAAUCAACAAAAAGUGGCCCAAGGAGUGAAGAUCAAACAGCAAUUACCUUUCAAGUUGGCUACAAAGCUGGGUGAAAGUAGUGGAAGCAACCCCAUGAGCAAUACAGGGAGUACCAGUAGUAACAAUGCAAGUAGUGUCCAUAACAGUAGUGGAAGCAAUUCAGGAGGUGGAGUGCAGCAAAUUUUGCCUUUCAAACUAAGUCAGUCAACGGAAAGUCGACGAAGUGGUGGUGGAAGUGGAGGAUAUAUGCGUCUUGGCUCCGGUAGCUUUAGCCCACCUUCAAAUACACCUCAAACAGAAGAACAUGUUGCUCCAAGCCACACACGUACUGGUAGUAGUCCAGCAAUGAUGCAGAAUACAGCUCCUUCUGGAUCAGAUAGUAUGGGAAGAGUCUCCUCUGUUCAGAGAAACAAAGCAGAUCGCACCAACACUUAUCCCAAGUUGCCGGAUCGUUUUAGAGUCCAAAAUUCUGACUCAGGGGGUCAUCCUACCUCACCAGGGGCUGCACCUCAAGCAACAGAAGAAGAAGUAAUUUUUUUCUGACCUCUCUGCUCUGAAAACUUGUAUGCAGCUUGUCUCGAUUUAUCAUCUGAAACUCAGAAAAUUGUGUUCAACUCUUUCAACUUUGCAAUAUACUGGGAAAAUUUUACUCAUUUUCUACAUGUAUCCUAAGUUAUAUAAAAUAUUUUCUGUAAAAUGUAAGUUUAAUUGUUGAUUAGACAAUAUGUAUUAGUAUUCUUUCUUUGUUUGUUUCAACUAUUGUUGAAUUUAUUUUCACAAACUCUUCAUUUUAGCAGAAUAUUUUUGCAAAGUGGAGCUCUGUCGUCGACUUGUAUAUAUAAGUAUAGCAUUCACCUUGUAUGUAGUUUACAAGAUGAACAUGUCGUCCCUGAAUAUUUUAUUCUUAUUCGCAUAAUAAAUUGUAAUCUUGUCGUUUUUGUGGAUUUAAUGUGUUUGUAGAGGUAGAAUGUACAGUUGUGAACUGCCUUCUAUUAUAUAGUGUAUAAUAAUUAAUUUAUUACAUAUUGUCUUCCUCCUGACCUGGUGGGUUGUUGAAGUAGAGAACAUGAAUUUUUUUAAUCAUGGUGACAAUAUAAUUAUCACAGGUACAAACUGUGAAAGAAGUAUUUGUUAAAAUCCUUUUGCAUAAUUGUAACAAGAUGUACUUUUUUUAUGUUUGACAGGGAAUUGUUAUUGUUAUGAUGGGGUUGGUUCAUGUUACAUGUUGUGAAUGAAAAAUGUGUGGUUGUGACUUGUUAUUCUACCAAUGGCCUACCAUAAAUGUCUUUCCAUUUCUGUAGUUGAGAAGUAUUUUUGUAAGAUUUCUAAUUGUUCUUUGAAUGGUGUAAUUUUAUUCUCUGCAGUCCACGUUGACCUGAUAUUGAUCUUUCUUGUAUAUUAAAAAAAUAAUGAAUUGAUAUUAUUUUAUCUCUAAAUUUUACAUAAGGAAUGUAUAUUUGUUAUGUUUAUUGAAAUAACUUUUCUUGCCAUGUUUUCUUAACAUUCCUUUUGUGGCAUUCCUUUUACUAAAUAUCAUGAAACUUAAAGGAAAAAAUAAAUUAUGAAUUUUUUAUUUCUUGCUUUUGAAAGCAAAUAUUACAAUGCAUCUUGCAUGAAAAUGAACGCUUUUAUUGUUUACUUCUGUCUACCUUAUUUCAUAUACAUUUUAUUUUUCAUUGCAUUUUUUUGAAUGAGCAUUCCAGUACUAGUUCUCUUUAACUUGUCUUCUCAUCUUAAAGAAUCUACCUAGAAAGUGAAAUAUGCUUUGCAGCGUAACCAGUUGUUGAACCCAAACCGUUGUUGAAAUAGAUACAUAGCUUGUUGCAGGUUAUGUGUGUUCUAAAUGGAUUAAAUGUUAAGAUAUUUAUUUUGACCAGUUUUAUGUCAAAGAGUUAUAGAGUACGUCUAUAAUGUUCAUUUUUCAGUGCAAUUUGGAAUAUGUUUCCAAUAUUUUUCCUUUAGUGCUUAUUAGGUGUAAGAUUAAUUUCAUUUGUAUAUCAUUAAUUGAUUGAAACAAUUAAAGAAUUGGUUUUAAAAAAUGUACUUACAAGACUUGUGAAAGAGAACUCUUGUUUUGACUCUUAUGUACAAUGUGAUCUUAUAAAUUGAAUAAAGUAUUCAAAGAAAAACA